UCAAGCAAUCAAUAUACAAUUCUUUCAUAUGCACUAAUCUUAACAUGUUAUCACAGCAAUAGGGAUCUAGGGUUAUCUUCGUGAAAAUUGGAGGUAGAUCGAGAGAUUCACCAUGGCGAUUGAGGAAGAACUGACGGGAAGCACUGCUGGUCGAGUUCAAGGAGAUUUUGUCAAUGGAAAUUCUGUGGUAAUUGACCAUAAUCAUCCAUUAUAUUUUAGUUCUUCUGAUGUUCCUGGAGCUCUUUCUGUUGGAAUUCAGCUAACAGGAAUGGAGAACUACACCUUGUGGAGUCGAGCUAUGAAGAUUACAUUGCUUGGACGAAACAAAGUGGGAUUUAUUGAUGGUUCUGUCUUGCGGACUGAUUUUGAUGGUGAUUUGAAGAAGAUCUGGGAUCGUUGUAAUGUAAUUAUACUCUCUUGGUUAACCUGUAAUGUGAGCAAGGAUCUACUCAGUGGAUUUUCGUAUUCCUCCAGUGCGAAUCAGGUAUGGCUUGAUCUCAAGGAGCGAUUUGAUAAGGUAAAUGGAUCUAGACUAUAUCAACUACAUAGAAACAUUUUCACUCUCACACAAGGGACUCUACAAGUUUCUUCAUAUUACACGAGAUUGAAAAUCUAUGGGAUGAAUACGAUUCAAUCUUACCCCCACCUAGCUGUGAUUGUAACAAGGCAGAGGAAUAUGUUGCACAAAUGCAAUACCAGUGAUUACUUCAAUUUCUCAUGGGGCUAAAUGAAAGUUAUUCACAGGCUAGAGGUCAGAUCUUGAUGAUGAGUUGCCUUCCUAAUGUGAAUCAGGCUUAUUCCUUGAUUAUACAAGAUGAACGUCAAAAAGGAAUUGCUGGAUCUGUACAUGAAGAAAUGGAAUCUUUAGCAUUGUAUACUGCUAGACAUUUUAGGUCACCACAACCAAAUACUGGGCAGGCUUUUUGUAGGAGGAACUUCCAUUCAUUAUUCUGUGAUUUUCGUAAUAUGAAGGAGCAUACUCGAGUUGAAUUCAAUAAGCUGAAUAAAUGUGAUCACUGUAAUGCUACUGAACAUGUAAAGGCUGAUUGUUUCCAACUCAUUGGAUAUCCAGAAUAUUUCAAAGGUAAAAAAAAGGUAAAUGCAGUAACAGGAGAUAGUGCUAUGCAGAAAACCAAUGCCUUUUAUGCAGGAUCAAAUGGCAUGGAAGGCACACACAAUUAUGGGAGAGAAGUCAAAUCGUGAUAUGUCUCUGAUGGGAGAUAAAAUUACACAUGAUCAGUUGUUGCAUAUAAAGAACAAGUCUUCACCAUCACGGCUCAACCAGAUACUAAAUGUUCUGCAGGGAAACGAUAACACUUUGACUACUUAGAAGAGUGCACACAUGGCAGGAUCUCUUGUCUGGGAAGGUCAAGGGGAUUGGUGAAGUUGAGGAUGGAUUUUAUUUGUUGAAUUGGGACACUAAGUCACAUCAAAACAAGAUUAAGUCAUUGUCUGCAGCUGGAUCAGGAGAAAUAAAUCCAGAACUGUGGCACAAGAGAUUAGGACAUUUUCCUAUGGGAGUACUUAGGAGAAUAAAAUAUUUCAAUACAUGUCGUAAUUUUUCUAUUGAACAGUGUAUGGUUUGUCCACAAGCUAGACAAAAUAGAGUUCCAUUUCCUAUGAGUCAUACUACAGUAGAUGAUGUUUUCAAUUUAGUUCACUUGGAUGUAUAGGGUCCAUAUAAGGUGACUACUCACAAUGGAAUGAAUACUUUCUUACUUUAGUUGAUGAUAAA